AGCAGCGUGAUCACACACACACACUCACACGAGUCAACAGCAGAAUACUGGGAGUCAUGGCAAAGCGUGUUGCAGUUAUUUUGUCGGGCUGUGGCGUCUACGACGGCACAGAGGUCCACGAGGCCUCCGCCGUCCUCGUCCACCUGAGUCGUGCUGGAGCCAAGGUACAGAUGUUUGCUCCAAAUGAAGAUCAAAUGCAUGUCGUCAAUCACUGCGAAGGAAAACCAACAGAUGAGAGAAGAAACACCCUGCAGGAAAGCGCCCGGAUCGCCAGGGGCGACGUGACUGAUUUAGCCAAGCUCGACGUGUCAGCGUUUGAUGCCGCUGUCAUCCCAGGUGGCUUUGGCGUGGCCAAGAAUCUGAGCGACUGGGCCGUAAAGAACAAGGACUGCACGGUUCAGGCCGACCUAGAGAGGAUCAUCAGGGCGUUCCACGGAGCCGGGAAGCCGCUGGGAAUGUGCUGCAUCGCCCCCGUCCUCGCCGCCAGGGUCCUGCCCGGCUGCGAGCUCACGGUGGGACAGGACCAACAGUGCGAAGCGUGGCCGUUCGCUCAGACCGCCGGCGUGCUGAAGGACAUGGGCUGCAAACAUGUGAACAAGGACGUGGAAGAAGCCCAUGUUGAUGUGAAGAACAAGCUGGUCACCACCUCCGCCUUCAUGUGCAACGCUCCCAUUCAUAAAGUCUUUGAUGGAAUAGGUGCAAUGGUGCAAGAGACACUGAAACUAGCUUAAAAAGGCAGUGUCUGCUCAUUUGUCCUAGAAACUAUGACUAACUAUGACCAGUGUGCUGUUAGUUAUAAUAAACCUGUUACCAGUUAAAGUACAAACCAUGCAAAGAAAAUCCAGGACUUUUGUGUAUUAUUUAUGUUUAUCAAAAGAAGUAAAAACAAAAAUGAAAUAAAAAGGAUUGAACACCAAACAGAACCCUCCGACUAUAUGU